CAAAUUUAUGACCAAGAUCCCUCAUUUAAUCCUAAUUUUGAAUCUAGAGAAGGGGUUUUAACAAAAGGACUUGUUAAAGAAAAUUUAAAUCCACUCACCAAAAUCCCAGAGUUAUUAUUUUUAUCAGCAACACACCAAAAUAACAUUAAAGGGGGGAUUGUGAAACCAGAUUUGUUUAAAUUUUUUUUUAGCACAAACCAUGACCCAAACUCACCAGGGUAUAAUAUUGCAAAAUCAAUUAUAUUGAAUUUAACUUAUGAUAAACAAAAAGAUGUCUAUGUAAUUGACAAUCAAUCUUUCUUUCCACUUGAUAAUAGAGGUUUAGAUGCAAAUAAAACAGAUUACAAAUACUUUGCCCCCAAUAACAUUUAUCAUAACUAUCAUUUUUGUUUAAAGAUAAACAAUCAAUUUGCAUAUCAAGGUUUUGAAGAAUUUACAUUUGAAGGUGGAGAUGAUUUUUAUCUUUUUAUCAAUAAUAAAUUAGUUAUUGAUUUAGGAGGUAUCCAUACAUCACAAAAAGCAACAGUUUAUUUAAAUGUUUUGAAUUUAAUUAAAUAUAAGGUAUAUCCUAUAGAUCUCUAUUUUUGCCAAAGACAUACAACUCGAUCAACUAUUAGAAUAGAAACAAAUAUAGAAAUGUUUUGUGCAUUUUAUGACUUUUGUGGAGUUUGUAAUGGUGAUGGUUCUACUUGCUGUAAUCCUAAUAUA